UCUAUGUAUAUCUUAAGAAAAAUUCAGCAUCAUAUUUGAUGAGGGAAAUGGAAUUUAUGGAUGAAUUCAGAGCCACUGCAAGUUAUAUACAAAUCUUCGACAUAAUAUAUCCAUGUGGUUUACUAUUACCUGAUUGCAUAUUUGGUGUAUUCCUCAAAAUGCUACAAUCAGAGCAAUUGCAUCCCAUUUUAGGUAAAGUUUGUUUCCCUGGAACUGAAGUUGUUUUGAAUUUUAUGUCCGUGCCUGGGGUUUGUUGAGCUGUCAAUGUUUUUUAGCUUGGUCUUGACGGAAAAUAGCUUCUUCAUACUUAAGGCUUUGAUUUAUUGUAGCUGAAAUUCUCUGUAGGCAUCUUUGAGAAUGGAUUUCCCUGCUACUGGAGCAGAAGUAGUACCUGAGAAGAUUGCAAAUGGGAAAGAUGGAUCCCCUACUUUCCGCUGUGAUCUUUGUGAUACAGAAAUAGUUCACAAGAUUGCGCAAGUAUUCCUCCCAGGAUUAGCUACAGCUUGUGUUGACAACACAACAGGCGACCUCUUCAAGACCCCUGGUUCAGUGGCUGCUGAUAUUCGAACGGAAAUGGUGGAUUAUCUUACCCAGAGAAGUGAGAAUUUUGUUGCGGAAUCUGUUGUUUUAGAAGGUGGUUUAGAAGCAGAAGCAUCUGACCAUCCUUAUGAUAUCAUAUCCGAUUUUGUUGAUGAUUUUGCAAGUUCAAAAAGGAAUUUGUUUAGCCGGGUUUCAGGAUGGUUACUGAGUGAAAAGAGAGAAGACAGAAUAGAUGAUUUUGUACAAGAGAUGGAGAUUAAUAGCUUUUGGUUGCUCAACAGAAGGGAAGCAAUAGUACAAACUUUGCUUAAGAAUGUUGACUUCAAAAAUGCCUUUCACUGUGACAUGAAAUUUGAUACUCCAGCAGAGCUUUCCAAUCAUGUUGUCCAUUGUGGCUAUAGACCUAUGAAUUGCAUGAAUGAGGGUUGUGAUGAUAUAUUUUGUGCAAAUCACAAGGAGAAGCAUGAUUCAGUUUGUCCUUUCAAGAUAAUUCCGUGUGAACAGAAGUGCUCAGAUAACAUCAUGAGACGUGAGAUGGACAGGCACUGUAUAACUGUUUGUCCUAUGAAGCUCGUGAACUGCCCUUUUUAUGCAGUGGGCUGUCAUUCCACAGUACCUCACUGUAUGAUUAAUCAACAUCGUUCGGAGGACCUCCAUUCUCACCUGCUAUACAUUCUUCAGCGUAUCCAUAAGGAAGUAUCUUUGGAAGAUCUGAAGCAACGGGUGGAGCAACUGGAAAAGUCCUCCUCUGGUCAGCUAGCAGAAGCUAGAGACGGGAGAUCUCUAACCAAUUCAGUCAGGGCUCUGGAAGCAAAGCUUGGACCUCUAGAAGUUAACGUCACCAACAAGGCUAGUCGAGAACCCAGGGAGUCUUCCCCUACCAGAAAAGAAUCCACAGGUUCUAUCCCUACUAAAAAAGAACUUGCAGAGAAUUCCCCAGACAAAAAAGAAUCCUUAGAGAGUUCACCUGCCAGAAAGGAAGAAUCUUCUGAGACAACUUCAAUUGAAAAAGAAUUCACAGAGAUUUCCCUUACUGAGAACUGAGAAUCCACAGAGAAUAUCUUUGAUUAAAUAGAAUUUGUGGAGAUUCCCUAACCAAAAAUGAAGAUCUCUAUGCUAGAAAAGAAUAUUACAUGGCAAGUAGCUCCAUCAAUAGAAUUUCAGAACUUCUCUUGCAUCAGGUACAGCGGAGUACUUAAGAGUUCUUAUGUUUCAGUCAUGCUUGUGUGCAGCGCAUACCAUGAAAAGGAACUUUCAUUCGGCAGGAAAAAAUGACCAUUUUCUACCAUUCCUUCAACAGUUAUUCAUGACAGCAUUCCCUCAUCAGUAUCUAUACUGUAGUAUCUAGAUCAUUCUUUUGGUCCUAAGAGACUUUUUUUUAUCACAUCUGUUGAUAAUUAUUUUUCUCCAGUGGUAGUCACAUUUUGAUGAACGUAGUGGAGAACUUGUUUUCAUUGUAGAUCAUACUGAUAUUAACAUAGAAAUGUCUUGCAGAAGUUUUUUUAACCA